GUGAAAAGCUGUGAAGGGCGCGAGGCGGUGGUGGGAAUUGGGUUUUCCUCACCCUUGAGGCGAGGACAAGCAUAUUGGAAGGGGACGAGGAAUCCAGAGUGUGGCGGAAGACUGGGGAGAAUCAAGGGAGGCCGGUUUAUACAUUCAGCGAACCGUCCAGGUGCUCCAAGAGGCUGGUGAAUAUGGACGGACCUAUGAGGCCGAGGUUGGCCUCCGUCAGUGACUUUCAGUUUGGAGCUGUUGCCACAGAGACGAUCGAGGACGCUCUGCUUCACUUGGCCCAGCAGAAUGAGCAAGCAGUGCAGGGGGCUGCGGGUCGGAUGGGCAGCUUCAGGGAGACCCGGAUCGUGGAGUUUGUUUUUCUCCUGUCUGAACAAUGGUGUCUGGAGAAAUCUGUGAGCUACCUGGCUGUAGAAAUCCUAGAAAGGUUUAUGGUUAAACAGGCAGAGAACAUCUGCAGGCAAGCCACAGUCCAGCAGAGAGAUAACGAGAAGACAGAGUCUCAUGACUGGAGGGCUCUGAGAGAGAAGCUUUUCAACAAGUUUACCCUCCGUCUUGUGUCGUGUGUUCAGCUGGCCAGCAAACUUUCCUUCCACUACAAAAUAAUCAACAACAUUACAGUCUUGAAUUUCCUCCAGGCUCUAGGGUAUCUGUACACUAAAGAAGAACUGCUGGAGUCAGAGCUUGAUGUUUUGAAGUCCCUGAACUUCCAAAUCAAUCUGCCCACUCCCCUGGCAUAUGUGGAGAUGCUCCUAGAGGUUUUAGGAUACAACGGCUGUUUGGUUCCAGUCACACAGCUGCAUGCAACCUGCCUGACCCUGCUCGACCUGGUCUAUCUUCUGCAUGAACCCAUAUAUGACAGCCUGCUGAGGACUUCAAUUGAGAACUCUACACCAAGUCAGCUGCAAGGGGAAAAGUUCAUUUCAGUGAAAGAAGACUUCAUGCUGUUGGCAGUGGGAAUCAUUGCAGCAAGUGCUUUCAUCCAAAACCAUGAGUGUUGGAGCCAGGUCAUGGGACAUUUGCAGAGCAUCACUGGCAUUGCAUUGGCGAGCAUUGCUGAGUUCUCUUAUGCAAUCCUGACUCACAGCGUGGGAGCCAACACUCCGAGGCGACAGCAGCCUGUUCCUCCCCACCUGGCAGCCAGACCUCUGAGGGCUGCUGCUUCCUCUAACACAUGAGGCAGGCUGAAUCCGCCAAAUAUAAACAGCCUUCCGCCACUGCACUCAUGCCUCCCUCUGUUUACUUUCAUACUCAGGGCACAAAAGUUCCAAGUCUCUUAAAAUGUAUUUUGUAUCCCAAUUCCAUGCUUAUUUUUCUGCAUCAGAGAAAGCGUUGAGGUGGACAAGCAUGUCCUUUUGUCUUACCAGACUGAAAACGUCAAAGAGCUGAGAGGAGAGAGAUUAGUGAAGUUGGUUCACUUUUGUUUAACAAGAUAAUUUAUGGCUUUUCUUUAACUUAAUUUUAUUAAGAGGGAACAUCAGACAUGGGGCUAGAAAACAGAGACUAUCUGGGUGACCUUGACUGAGCAUCAAGGAAGUAGCCCUUAUUCCCCCUUUUCUCACCUCCAACGCUGCCCCUAUUUCCCCUUAAACUUAGUUUAACACUUCUGUUCUGUUAUUAAGAUUUAUACAAAUAGGGCUUCCUCAACAGCUAUCUAUUUUACUAGUGUCUCUUUUUAAAACUAAAACAAACUCAUCUCUAAACAUUUUUCAGCAGAAUUUCCACAUACCUGCACUUGAACUCAAUUCUCCCAGAAUACAAAGUACUCUAUUUUAGUUAAAGAAAAACCCAACAGUGUACCUCUGGGCAGUUAUCAGACUGUAGCAAAUCUUUUAUUACAAAUAAUUAAAUCUCUCCAUAAUGUCUCAAACAACAUCAAACACCAUUUCAUAUCUCUAACACAGAGCAAAGUAGGCAUCCAGUACUAGAACCAAGUGAGGAGAAGUGUUAAAUUUCAAGCUUCUGAUCACAUCACAUGGUGACCAGGCAAAGCUUAGAUGUCAUUUUCCCACGUUAUCCAACUGUGCGACUCAAACAUAUCACCGUCUCAGUGGAGACAAAAGUUUCUAUUUCAUAAUGUAAGUGCAGGAAGUUGAGAGAGAUAAAAUCCAGUGAAAACACAUUGAUCUCAAUUCAUCUCAGUU